CAAGUCAGUCUGUGCAGUCUGUGCCGUCCGAGACGACAGUGUCAGAGGGGGGACUUCUUUUGGAACCUCCCUUUCUGUUUCACUCACCUGAGGCCGAGCACCGGGGACCCCCUUUAACAACAACACCUCAGCUGUCACCCACACACCUGACUACACCUGGAGGGUCAUUGGACCAUCAGAGGAGCUGUUCAUAAUCCAACAUGGCGCAAAAGAUGAUCAAAACUCAGAUAUCCCGAGAGGACUUGGAGGAGCUCCGAGAGGCCUUCAACAAGAUCGAUAUCGAUAACAGUGGCUUUGUCAGCGACUUUGAGCUCCAGGACCUUUUUCGGGAAGCAAGCUUUUCCUUGCCAGGGUUUAAAGUGCGGGAAAUUGUGGAGAAGUUCAUUGCUGGAGACACCAACAAAGAUGAGAAGAUAAGCUUUGACGAGUUUGUUGGGAUCUUCCAGGAGCUGAAAAGCAAGGAGGUCAAAGAGACCUUCCGCAAGAUGGUGUCCAGAAAAGACGGGAUAUUCUCGUUCGGAGGCACCUCUGGCAUCUCCAGCGAAGGAACACAGCACUCCUACUCAGAUGAGGAGAAGGUGGCUUUUGUGAACUGGAUAAAUAAGUCCUUGGCCAAAGACCCUGACUGCCGCAGCCUCCUCCCCAUGGACCCCGAGACCGACAGCCUGUUCAAGUCUGUCAAAGACGGAAUACUCCUGUGCAAAAUGAUUAAUUUGUCCCAGCCAGACACAAUUGAUGAGAGGGUGCUAAACACCAAGAAAUUAACAACUUUUACAAUGAAUGAAAACCUAAUGCUGGCACUGAACUCUGCGUCGGCCAUAGGCUGUACUGUGGUCAACAUCGACCCCCACGACCUGAAGGCUGGCAAGCCUCACCUGGUGCUCGGCCUCCUCUGGCAAAUCAUCAAGAUCGGCCUGUUUGCCGAUAUCGAGAUCUCCAGGAAUGAAGCGCUCAUCUGCCUGCUGCAGGAGGGUGAGGAGCUGGACCAUCUCCUGUCCAUGUCCCCCGAAGAGCUGCUCCUGCGAUGGGUUAACUUCCACCUCAGCAACGCCGGCUGGCAGCCCAUACACAACUUCAGUGAAGACAUCAAGGACUCCAGGGCCUACUUCCACCUGCUCGACCAGAUCUCUCCCAACGGGGAAGAGGACGCGGUGGCCAUCCACGUCGACAUGUCAGGGUUGAAUGAGCGAGAUGACGAGAAGCGCGCAGAGCUGAUGCUGAAACAGGCGGCCCGCAUGGAUGCCAGGCAGUUCGUCACUGCUCACGACGUGGUGGCUGGAAACCACAAACUCAACAUCGCCUUCGUGGCCAACCUGUACAACCUCUACCCCGCCCUCAACAAGCCCAACAGCAACGGCAUAGACCUCUCCUUACUGGAAGGGGAGUCCAGGGAGGAAAGAACAUUCCGGAACUGGAUGAACUCUUUAGGUGUUCGGCCAUUUGUGAACCACCUUUACAGCAACCUGGUUGAUGGAGUGAUCAUCCUCCAAUUGUACGAACACAUCCAGGUCGCAGUUGACUGGAGGAAGGUUAACAUGCCACCCUAUCCUGCUCUCGGAGCAAACAUGAAAAAGCUGGAAAAUUGCAACUAUGCCGUUGGACUUGGCAGGGGCGUGGCCAAGUUCUCCCUGGUGGGUGUCGGUGGGGAGAACAUCAAUGAAGGGAGCCAGAUGCACAUCUUAGCACUGGUGUGGCAGCUCAUGAGGAGGUACACUUUGACCGUGUUGUCGAAGCUUGGAGACGGGGAGAAGGUGAAUGACCAAUUUAUUAUAAACUGGGUGAAUGAAACAUUAAAACAAGGAGGGAAGGAUUCAUUCAUCAGCAGUUUUAAGGACAAAGCAAUCAGCACCAGUCUCCCCGUCAUCGACCUGAUCUCCACCUUUGCUCCCAACGCCAUUAAAGAGGACAUAGUCAAGAGAGACGACCUAAAAGCAGAGGACAAGCUCAACAAUGCAAAGUACGCCAUCUCCGUGGCCAGGAAGUUGGGCGUGAAGGUGUACGCGUUGCCUGACGACCUGGUGGAGGUGAAGCCCAAGAUGGUGAUGACCGUGUUUGCCUGCCUGAUGGGCCGGGGUCUGCUGCAGAAGGCAAAGGACGCAGAAAAGCACUGACCAUCUCUGCUGCCCUGCACACACACACACACACACACACACACACACACACACACACACACACACACACACACACACACACACACACACACACACACACACACACACACACACACACUGCCGCUGACAGCUUUUGCCGUAUCCAGGACAAAGUCAUCUGAAAGGGCCCUCUCAAUACGUACUAUGUUAUUAAUGAUGACCAAAUUCUGGACCCCCUUCUCCCUGGGCCCCAGACACAUGACCUGUUUACCCCACCCUCUCAGCUUCCUUGCUUACACACACCAACUACGAACGAACCCAAACACAAAUUUUGCACAUGGAGUUUUAAAAAAAUAAAUGUAAAUGUAUUAAAUUAUUGUUAAUGAAUUCAAUAAAAAUGUACCUAA